UGCAAUUUUUGACAUUUUAUGUCUGAGCUGGUUGAACGAAUAUUGCAGCAUCCCUGUUAGUAAUAUAAAAAUCAGUUAUCUUUAAUCAAUUUGUCGAAAAGUUGUCGAUAUCGUUAAAUUGUAACCUACAUAUAUGGAUUGGAAAACUACAGUAACGGUAAUGUCCGAUAAAGUUUUUCCAGGAAUUUCCAACAUAAUCGAAAAACAAGGAAAUGAAGUUAAAUCAAAUCUACCACUACAGAUGUCACUUUAUUUCAAUGUGAUAUAUUCUCCCUUCUGGCUAUUCAUCAUACUUAUGUAUCUUAAUGAGAAGUUAGAAAGUUUCAACCAUCUCCAUAAAUUUGUUAUCAUAACGAUAAUCUCUAUAGCUAUCGUUGUUGAGAUAUUGAGGUUAUACUUGGGGUACGAAGGAAAUCUUAGGGAUAAAGUCCCCGAGCUUGCUGGGUUCUGGAUGCUAUCUAUACUUCUACAAUUUCCAGUCCAGGGUAUAUUACUUUUCACCCCACAAUUGAGUUUCGACGUUUUGGAGAUAAUUUCCCAAUCUGUUAUGUUCUCUAUGCUGAUUACAGAAAUAAUUUCUGGUUAUAUCGCUCUAAAGUUCACGGCAGCACAACAGGCUAUUUAUUUUAGAAUUAUGAAAAUGAAAGGUGAUAUUUCCAUGGCAGACAUACAGGAGAAAUAUAGAAUAAAUUGAA